UUGUCUGUUCGACCCAAAGAAGCAACAUGAACCGUGAUAAGAGCGAGCGGCUUCCCGCGCUCUGCUUCCGUAUAGUCACCGAUCCAGCGCUCCAAAGUGUGUCUGGGUUUCCCGUGUCUGUAUGAGGACGUGUGAGUAAGUGUCGAGAGUUCACGUUGACAUGUUUUUUCCACAUCUGCCUGUAGUUGCUAGGGGAAGUGACGUCAGCAGCGAGUGACAGCUUUCACAGACUGGGAGACGCCGCGUACCCGUUCAGCUGUCUGGAGUUGGAUCAGAGUAAUCGGAGUCCAUCGUUAAGUUUGGGAUCACGGUGCCCCCCAAACUACGGAGAGCAUAGACUACGCGUUUCACGGUACCGGGCCAUACCGAUAUUACAGACUUCCGGUGGUCAGAAAGAGAAAAAGGGGAUGGUGAAACCUGCGCUGUUACAGGAAGAGAUCGAAGGGGACCGGGCUGUGUACACCGACGGGCUCAAAGCUCUAAUAUCCCUUCAUACAGCAGGAGAAGUGCUUCGUAACUAAGAUAAGGAGACUGUGUCAAAGAGCACCGCGGACAUGGAGCUCAGAGUGGGCAACCGCUACCGGCUGGGCAGGAAGAUCGGGAGCGGGUCCUUCGGGGACAUCUACUUAGGCACAGACAUCUCAGUGGGAGAAGAAGUUGCGAUCAAGUUAGAAUGUGUGAAGACGAAACAUCCGCAGCUCCACAUCGAGAGCAAGAUCUACAAGAUGAUGCAAGGAGGAGUGGGCAUCCCAACAAUCAAGUGGUGUGGAGCUGAAGGCGACUACAACGUGAUGGUGAUGGAGCUGCUGGGACCCAGCCUGGAGGAUCUCUUCAACUUCUGCUCCCGCAAGUUCAGCCUGAAGACGGUGCUGCUGCUCGCUGACCAGAUGAUCAGUCGCAUCGAGUACAUCCACUCAAAGAACUUCAUUCACAGAGACGUGAAGCCGGACAACUUCCUGAUGGGACUGGGCAAAAAGGGCAACUUGGUGUACAUUAUUGACUUUGGUCUGGCUAAAAAGUACCGAGACGCUCGCACGCACCAGCACAUCCCAUACCGCGAGAACAAGAACCUGACUGGCACUGCCCGCUACGCCUCAAUCAACACUCAUCUUGGGAUCGAGCAGUCGAGGCGCGAUGACCUUGAGUCGUUGGGAUACGUCCUCAUGUAUUUCAAUCUGGGCUCGCUGCCGUGGCAGGGGCUGAAGGCCGCUACCAAGAGGCAGAAGUACGAACGCAUCAGUGAGAAGAAGAUGUCCACGCCCAUCGAGGUGCUGUGCAAAGGCUACCCCUCCGAGUUCGCCACCUAUCUGAACUUCUGUCGCUCCCUGCGCUUCGACGACAAGCCCGAUUAUUCGUACUUACGGCAGCUCUUCAGAAACCUGUUCCACAGACAGGGCUUCUCCUACGACUACGUGUUCGACUGGAACAUGCUGAAGUUUGGAGCCAACCGUGCAGCAGAGGAAGCAGAAAGGGAGCGUCGGGAUCGGGACGACCGGUUGAGGCACAGCAGGAACCCCGGGGCCAGAGUCCCUGCUGCGCCCGGGCGCCCCCGAGGGACCCAGGAGGGAACAGUGCCCACCCCGCUAACACCCACCUCACAGACAGCUAACACGUCUCCUCGACAAGUGUCCGGGAUGGAGCGUGAGCGAAAGGUUAGCAUGAGGCUGCACCGCGGCGCUCCGAUCAACGUGUCAUCCUCCGAUCUGACCGGGCGACAGGACACCUCCCGCAUGUCCACCUCACAGAAUAGCAUUCCCUACGAGCAUCACACCAAGUAGACGCUCGCCAUGUCCUCGUGUGACGGCGGCAGCGCGGGGUGGUGUCUGAGGUACCAUCCUCUGGUCUCCAGCUACGAGCUCCUCACUGAGCACCAACAAUACAAGCAGUCCGAGCCCUGAUCUCCACCAUAACGUCUACGGCUCCAGUCACAGACUGACCCUCUGAUGCUUUUCCAUUUACCUUUGUGGUCUGAAUCCAGACUGUUGGUUUUCAGGGCUCUUUUGGGGCCCCUUGAACUAGUUUAUCAGGGCUGACCCGGCACCGCAGCAGGCUGAUCCAAACCAUGAGGACCUCACGGACCGCUGCAUCAGCCUUCCUCACUGGACGGUUUGUCAGUGAGAACUCUGAAUGGGAGCGUCUCGGUCUGAGGGCGGGCGCACUGUUCACACGUUCAGUUUUCAUUUCGUCUCAUUUGUUCGUGUUGUCGCCGACAGCCGUCCCCACACGCUCUGAUUGAUUCAGCUGUGUUAGCGAGUAACUCUAAAGCAGGCAUCCUGCUGCUCGUGUAUGUGAGCUAGCAUCAGCCCCGAGACAGCAGCUGAGAGGCCAGCUUAUAGCAUGACAUCACAUUUACAGCUGCACGCUGUUUUCCAUCUGUUUUUACCGUUGGCUAAAAAUCACUCAUGUACUGUUUUUAGUUUAUUCAAGCUGGCAGGUAAAUCUCAGCACUGUUUUUUGUUGUUGUUUUUAAACAGGAUUUUUAAAGUGCUAAAGUUAGCAGGCUAGCUGUAACAUAGCUAUGCUGCUAUGGUGGCGACGCUAACAUCUUUAUCUUAUUGCAAGUUAGUAAAUGAGCUGCAGGGGUGUAGAUGAGCUGAUGUCCUUGUUUCUCCUGCAGCGUGGAGCCGGUUGUUUGGGCAGAGCGAAGAUGUUAGACGCACCCGGGAGAGCAGAAGGUUGUCUUGAUUUGGUGUAGGGACUGACUUUGGGAAUAAAAGGCUAAAUGUAACACAAAAGAUUUUCACAGAGCACGUUUCGAUGCAUCGCAGGCGUCUGGAUACAAACCUGAGUGUGAGUUAAACUUAAGAAGACACCUUUGCAGGGGUUGGGUUUCCCCCGAGCGUCCCAGGUUUCUCAACACAUCAUUUCACCAAAAGUUCUUUCACUGUAUAUAUAAUAUUCUUACUUUUGAGUUCGUAUUGUUUCUGCACUGUGAAACAUUUAUAAUAUUAAAGUGUGUUUGGGUUUUUGUGACGUACCAGUGGAGAAGAGUCUGAACAUGAUUCAGGAGUCGCUGCGCCUCCUUAAGGGCAACACAUGAGAAGCUGAAGGACUCAUCCUGGUGCUGUGACAGCACCGUCUGCACCAACCAGAGUGUGUGCCUCUUUUUCCAGAACUAGUGCAUUGGGUUUUUAUAUGAAUGCGUCUGACAGUCGACUGUAAUAAAGCUCCAUCUCUGCUGUGAAAA